CUGAAAUUGAAACGCAGCACUCCUCGCACUCCUCCCCCCACCGACCCUCUUCACGCACGCCUUGUUCAGCACUUGUGGGCACGUCCCCGUGGUGUUGACUCCAUGUGACACUCAUCAUAUGCAUCACAGCCCCUCCACUCCAGCCAUUCACAUCCUCGUCCACCACCGCCAGCUGAUCGUCGCGCCCACUUGAAUGCGAGCCACCGCCUAACCCCCACCGCACCCUCCCACUCACACCGCUUUCGCAAAGCCUUCCACGCCCUCCCACCAUCGUCCUUCGAAAUACACCCGAUUUUCAGCGCAAGGCGAGAGAAGGUUGCAUGGCGAGCGGCUCUGCGCGUCGCGCACCACCCUCUCGGCACUCCACCACCACAACAACCGCUACCUCAAAAAGACGCGGACGCUUCUCAGACAACACAAAGAGCAGUCCGGUUCAAGAGAUGGAGCAGAUCGCGACCACGGCAGCCGCGAAUACCACAACUGAUGUCGACGCCGAAGUCGGGGACCACCUCCGCGAUGAUCGCUCCAGCAGUCUCAGCGACCCCGAAGACCUCCUUGAUCAGUCAGAGGGGCCGAACGGCGUCGAUAGUGACGCUGUAGAAGGCGAGGAGCUGCCCGCGGCCCCGUUGUCCGAAGUCGAUUCCGAGGCAGAGACUGAGAGACUGAGCCAGACACCACAAAAACUGCGAAAGCUUGCAGACAACGUGGGCAGGACGCCGAGCAAGCUCAGCCAAGCUGCAUUGGCCGAUGACGAAGAGCUCUCCGAUCCUCCCUCACCACUCCCUGCUGGAGCGGGAGCAGCUUCCAGUACGAGUACCGUUGCGACAGUUGGUGAGUUUGUGGCUAGCUCUCAGAGAGCCCGCGCCGGCCUGCUCCAAUGGAUGGCGACUGACAUGUGUGCGACAGGUCAAAAGAGGAAGCGAUCAGAAACCGCCGAUAGCCCAUUGACAGAGACCGAGUCAGAUCUGGGCGAGUCACCUCGAAAACGCAGCCACGAAAUGACCGCCGACGAGCAAUUACGCCGCGAGGAUGCCAUUGAGGACACCGAACCCGCUGAAGAAGCCAUUGUCAGCGUGGAACAGGUCCCAAUGCUGGAAGAGGCUCAUGAUACACCGCCCCCACCUACGAAAGGGCCAAAGGGCCGCAAGCCGAAACGCGGCAGAAAGCCGAAAGAGCAAGUUGAAGAGCCAGAGACCGAUCAGGCUGAAGAUAUUGCGGAAGCGGCAGAAGAGGUGAACGAAGAAGACGCGGCGAAAAGUGAAGAGCAGCAAAAAGCGAAAAAGGAAGCGUCAACGCUGUACGAAGGCAUCGCGAAGCACUUCCGCAACUUUCAAGAGCAAGUCUAUACCGAGCGCGUGGCGACUUUGACCGCGGAGUUGGAGGUCCUUGAGCAGCCAGAAUGCUUGCACCCGGACUACCUCCGCCAAGUUGCAUGCGUGGACGGCAGGCGGCAAAAACAAAUCCGCGAGUCCCACGCGUACUACAAUUACAAGCUACAGAGUAUCCGCAACACUGUGCUCGGCGAGCGAAGUCAGCUGCACAGCCAAUACUUUCAGGAGGUGCGACAGCUACGGGAGGACACAUUGUAUCGAUUGGGAGAAGAGUGGUACGCGAUUCAGAAAGAGAGGAGAGAGGCACACCAGUUGGACGACGCCAACCAGUUUGUCUACCUGUACAACCCUAAGAGGGGCGUGCAGUUGAAGCAGCAGGCCAAGUACAAUCUGGAAGUGUCCAUCCUGGCUGGUGUCGCUCAGCAUAUUGGCUUUCCUGCUGCUCCGGACAUUCUGGGCGUGGACGGAGCAAAGAUGGAUGAUGACUUGCGGGCGAUGAAGAUCACCAAACGACAAACUCAGCCUGUCUCGCAGCCUCGACCAAUCUUCCUCCCCAAUCCCGCGGCAUCGAAACAUCUCGCAGACAAUGACCGACUCGCGCACGAGCAAUACCUCGAACAGAAUCCGUGGGCGCGGCCCCAAGCGCCGAUUUACGCACACGGCACUCCGGGCAUCUCGCACACGCCGGACUGGGCCGACAACAACGCCGGCAAGCACAUUCGCCAGAAUGCGAACCUGGCGAUGCAGCAAAACUCGAGUCCCUUCGCCACACCGCUUCCUCAACCAACAGCGACAAACGUAGAGCAGCAGCAGCAACACUUCAGUUCGAGCGUGGGUACGAUAGGGGUGAACAGCGACGAAGUCCUCAUGCCAUCGAGCGUCGUCGCGGCUCCACCCACCGUUGACCGCCUUGCACUCCUACAUCAACAGCAGAGCUCACCUCUCUCCGUUCCCAAGACACGGGAAAACGGCGUGAUCGGCGAUCCCCCAGGUUUUCGCAACAUCUCGGGCGUGUCGGGAGUGAGCACCAUCGACGCGCCGCAAGAUGGCGCAGCGGCGGAGGAGACAUCUCCGGAUGGGCCCCGGCCUUUUCCUGCCGGUCAAAUGCAUCGAUUCCCUGGAGAUGAGAGGAAGGAGGUGUUUGCCGGGGUUGGAUUCCGGACAUAGCGAUGAGGCGACCGGGAGUGGUUGGAUGAAUCAACGGCUACUUUUCAGCGCGACACGUUGAAGCGUAUGAGCGGCUCAGCGACCAUUUAGUGUUUUUUGAGGAUGUUAUUGCGUUUUGACUGCUGAAAUGAACAUAGCACGACUCGCUUCAAUGCAAUUAUCUUGAGUGAA